GGGCCUGAUAUCCUUGAAUUCUAGUGACACCUACUACCUGGAGCCAAUCAGCGGUGUGGAUCCAAUGCACCACUCACUGUUGAGUGCUAAGGAACUGCCAGUUGAAGGUGGAAACUGUGGCCACGGCCAUCACACCACACAAUUCAACCAUAUCUCCAACCUGCUCAGACCAUUUCAUUCACGGGUCAAAAGAAACACCUGGGGUACCACAAAGUACAUGGAACUGUACAUUGUGGCAGACAACACACUGUUUAAACGGCAGAAUAAAGACUAUGAAAAGACCAAGGCAAGGAUAAUGGAAAUUGCCAAUUACGUGGAUAAGUUCUAUAGGGCACUGAACAUCCGUGUGCCUCUAAUUGGUCUGGAAGUUUGGACCGACAGAGAUCAGUGUAUCAUCACCGAGGAGCCAAACGCCACUCUCUGGUCCUUCCUCCAGUGGAGACAAAAGCUGAAAUCUCGCAAGAAACACGACAACGCCCAGCUGCUCACGGGUGUGAUUUUCAAGGGGACAACUAUUGGGAUGGCACCGCUGGAGGGGAUGUGCAGCCUGGAAAACUCUGGAGGCAUCAAUGUGGACCACUCGGAGCUGUCCAUCGGCGCAGCGGCUACCAUGGCUCACGAGAUCGGCCACAACUUCGGCAUGAGCCACGACCACGACGGCUGCUGCGUGGAGGCCACCGCCGAGCAGGGAGGCUGCGUGAUGGCUGCUGCCACGGGGCACCCAUUCCCUCGAGUCUUUAGUCGCUGCAGUAAACGCGACCUGGACAGCUACUUCCAGAAAGGAGGGGGCAUGUGUCUUUAUAACAUGCCCAACAUGAAGGACCUGGUGGGGGGCAAGAAGUGCGGCAAUGGCUUUGUGGAGGACGGAGAAGAAUGCGACUGCGGAGAACCUGAUGAAUGCACCAAUGACUGCUGCAAUGCCAAUAAUUGUACCUUGAAGGAGGAGGCUCAGUGCGCCCAUGGAGUGUGCUGCGAGGGCUGCAAAUUGAAGCAGGCAGGUACCAUGUGCCGGGGGCCAGCGGGGGCAUGUGACCUGCCAGAGUACUGCACCGGGGCAUCUCCUUACUGUCCUGCCAAUGUCUACCUGCUGGACGGCUCCUCCUGUCAGUACGGAGUGGCCUACUGCUACAAUGGCAUGUGCCUCACCCACGAACAGCAGUGCCUGCAGCUCUGGGGCUACGGAGCUCGACCGGCCCAUGAUGCCUGCUUUGAGGAUGUCAAUGCAGCAGGGAACGCUUUUGGGAACUGCGGGAAAGAUGAACACGGCAACUACAUGAAGUGUGAGAAAAGUGACGCCAAGUGUGGUAAGAUCCAGUGCCAUAGUGCUGCCAAGAAGCCCAAAGGCACCAACGCUGUAUCCAUCGACACCACCAUCAAGACGGGUGGCAUAGAGGUGAAGUGCCGUGGCACCUACGUGUACAGCACCCAGGAUGGCCAGGGUGACUUGCCUGACCCUGGCCUCGUCAUGACCGGCACAAAGUGUGGAGAGGGCAAGGUGUGCAGAGACCGCAGGUGCCAAAAUGCCUCUUUUACCGAGCUGGAGACUUGCAUCGCACGCUGUCACGGCAACGGGGUGUGUAACAGCAAUGGAAACUGCCACUGCAAUCGAGGCUAUGCACCACCCUUCUGUGAGAAGCCAGGACUCGGCGGCAGCGUAGACAGCGGACCUGUUCAAUAUGACAGUCAAGUGGGUCUAGUGGUGGGGCUGCUGUUUGCCUUCCUGGUGGUCCUACCUGCGGUGCUGCUGGUCUUCUACUGCUACAGGGUCAAGACCUCCUACUACCACAAGUGGCUUUCCCAGAGAGAGAAGAACAAGAGCCACAAGACCGAGGCGGCAGCAGAUAAAGGGAAGAACGGCCAUCUGAAUCCUGCCUUUCACCUGAAGGUGGUCGGACCAAUCAACAAAGCAAGUGGCCACAAGGGGCUUCCUCACACCAGCAAAGAGGUCCUGCCUCUCAGACCGGGCCCCGUGCCAAAUGGUACCCAGCCAGUCAACGUUGUGCGACCUCUGAGACCCGCUCCGUCUCCACAGGGUGGUUCCCGGGACCUCAAGGUGGUACGACCGCCUCUGCCAGCUGGAAAGCCCCCAGCGGCGCCUCCCAAAUCCCCCGCCACUACGCAGAGACUCAGCCCGCCCAAGAAACCACUGCCCCUUAACCCGACACGAUCUCCACUGUUGGUGUCUGAGCUGCAGCCCAGAUCGUCACCCUUCCCCCCUCAGAGGCCUCUCCCCCUCAGCCCAGCAAGAGGAGCCUCACCCACAGUGAGUCCGGCCCGGACCCCGGCCUCCAAACCCUCCACGGGCCUGCUGGUCAUGAUGCCUCCAGCAGUGGGACCCAAACCUGUGGGCAAAGUCUCAGCCAUCCCCCCUCUCAGAGCUCUCAGACCGGUCCCAGGUGCCAAACCAAACACAGCCUCGCCUCCGCCACGAAAAUGACCUUCUCCUGGCCCCUCCACCCUCUGAGGAGGCAGCGGCUGACAGCCUAUUUGCACUAAAGAGACUUUGGCUGGUGAACCACAGAGCUGUCGCACAUACCAGAGGAGGACGAACUCAAACAGAACUCGUACCAGUUCAGACUUCGAAAUGAAACCGUACCCCGCUCUUUUCCCCCUCGAUUUUGCCCCCCACCCCCUUGUAUCCUCCUCCUCCUCCUCCUCCUCCUCCUCCCAGCGUGCUAACAUUAACCACGACGACGCGGUUUUGCACGGAGGCCUUGCAGACUGAGACAAGUGUUAUCGCUGGGGGACGGUCACAUUUGCCAAAAUCUUUUUUUUUAAGAUUGUUUUUUUUUAAUCUGUUAAUGCUGUCCGUGUAUGAAAAAAAAAAAAAGCAUUUUGUAAUGAGCGUUGUUUUGUUUACAGUUUGUUUCAUGUCACGUUUUAUGAUUUGUGUUAUGUGCCAAAGAGGUCUCUUCAUACCUGGGGUGUGUCCCGAACGCUUGAAAACCUUCUUAAGUUCAGCACAAGUCACCUCCUCCAUAUUUUUAGGUCUUAUAAUUUAUUGUAUUAUAUGAGGAAUGUCUGAAGUACAAACCCUGGACAUACGGACGCCUAUCAGGAGGAAGGAGAGCCAAUCACACAGCAGCUUCUUAUCAACACUGUUUACAUGGUGGAGGGCUUGAUGGAUGCUUGGGGCUCGCAGGACACACCCCGGUCGCUCAUGUUGAUUUGAAUGUCUUUUGCUGUGUGUUAUGACUUUUGAAUGGUUACAUAAAAUAUUUUUACAAAACUAUCAA